CUCAGGGAAACCUCUGACCUCAAGCUUUGGGCGUUUCCUCAGGAGGCUCUCCUCUGUCUUAUUGCUUGCUGCGCCUCUCAGGUGCGGCUGCAGCUCGGGAAGUCUUACUUGAGAUGUAACCCGAGAUCAUCUUGCUGCAGCCUCGUUUGUGGCAUCCUGUAUUUCCAGUUUUUAGGUUCACCUUCUCCCUCUGCCCUCAGAUGGCCCUUCCCUGAACCCUACUCGCCCCUGCCAUCAGGAGGCUGCUUUUCCCAGCGGGAAAGAUUCAGGUGGUCCAGCAUGUUUGUUUGAGGGAUGUGCACGGUACUGGAGCGUAAAGGAGAGCCACAGACCAAACCUGCACCAUGAGCCCUGACUCCUUGCCCAUACCACCCACCCAUGGCCUCCGAACCAGGCCCAGUGUCUGGCUGAUGUGGUAACACAGCGGAGGACCAGCAGAUGAAUGGACACCUUGAAGCAGAGGAGCGGCAGGACCAGAGGCCAGAGCAGGAGCUGACCUGGAGCUGGGGCUACCGGCCUAGAAGCACCCUGGACAGGGUCAAGGCCAUGGCCCCCCCACCGCCACUGACCCCCAGCACCCCACUCCUGCAUGGCGAGUUUGGCUCCUACCCAGCCCGCGGCCCACGCUUCGCCCUCACUCUCACACCACAAGCCCUCCACAUACAGCGGUUGCGCCCAAAGCCCGAGGCCCGGCCCCGGGGUGGCCUGGUCCUGCUGACCGAGGUCUCAGGCUGCUGCACCCUGCGGAGCCGAAGCCCCCUGGACUCAGCAGCCUACUUCUGCGUCUACACCUACCCCAGGGGCCGGCGUGGGGGCCGGCGCAGAGCUGCACGCACCUUCCGGGCCGACGGGGCAGCCACCUACGAGGAGAACCGCGCUGAGGCCCAGCGCUGGGCCACAGCCCUCACGUGUCUGCUCCGUGGACUGCCACUGCCUGGGGACGGGGAAAUCACCCCCGACCUCCUGCCGAGGCCGCCCCGUUUGCUCCUAUUGGUCAAUCCCUUUGGGGGUCGGGGCCUGGCCUGGCAGUGGUGUAAGAACCAUGUGCUGCCCAUGAUUUCCGAAGCGGGACUGUCCUUCAACCUGAUCCAGACAGAACGACAGAACCACGCCCGUGAGCUGGUCCAGGGGCUGAACCUGAGCGAGUGGGACGGCAUCAUCACGGUCUCGGGAGAUGGGGUGCUGUAUGAGGUGCUGAAUGGACUCCUACAACGCCCCGACUGGGAAGAGGCUGUGAAGACCCCCGUGGGCAUUCUCCCCUGUGGCUCGGGCAACGCGUUAGCAGGAGCUGUGAACCAGCACGGGGGAUUUGAGCCGGCCCUGGGCAUUGACCUGCUACUCAACUGCUCCUUACUGCUCUGCCGGGGUGGCAGCCACCCUCUGGACCUGCUCUCCGUGACUCUGGCCUCCGGCUCCCGCUGUUUCUCUUUCCUGUCUGUGGCCUGGGGCUUCGUGUCAGAUGUGGACAUCCAGAGCGAGCGCUUCAGGGCCCUGGGCAGUGCUCGCUUCACCCUGGGCACAGUCCUGGGCCUUGCCACGCUGCACACCUACCGCGGCCGCUUCUCCUACCUCCCUGCCACCGUGGAACCUGCCUCACCUAACCCUGCCCAUGGCCUGCCAAGGGCCAAGUCAGAAUUGACCCUGGCCCCGGCCCCAGCCCCAGCUGUGGCCCACUCACCCCUGCAUCGCUCAGUGUCAGACCUGCCCCUGCCCCUGCCCCAGCCUGCCCUGACCUCCCCUGGCUCACCUGAACCCCUGCCCAUCCUGUCCCUCAACGGUGGGGGCCCAGAGCUGGCUGGGGACUGGGGUGGGGCUGGGGAUGCUCCACUGUCCCCGGACCCACUGCUGCCCUCGCCCCCGGGGACCCCCAAGGCAGCUCAGCUCUCACCCAUCAGCGAGGGGCCCUCAGAAAUGGCAGCAUCAUCUGGGCUCCCACCUCCCACCCCUGGCGCCCCGGUAGCCACCUCUGCUGGGGGACCACCUGACCACCUGCUCCCUCCUCUAGGCACUCCGCUACCCCCAGACUGGGUGACAAUGGAGGGAGACUUUGUGCUUAUUUUGGCCAUCUUACCCAGCCACCUGGGGGCUGACCUCGUGGCGGCCCCCCACGCGCGCUUUGACGACGGCCUGGUGCACCUGUGCUGGGUGCGUAGCGGCAUCUCGCGGGCGGCGCUACUGCGCCUGUUUCUGGCCAUGGAGCGUGGUAACCACUUCAGCCUGGGCUGUCCGCACCUGGGCUACGCCGCGGCUCGUGCCUUCCGCCUCGAGCCGCUCACGCCUCGCGGAGUGCUCACGGUGGACGGGGAGCAGGUGGAGUACGGGCCAUUGCAGGCGCAGGUGCAUCCUGGCCUUGGUACGUUGCUCACGGGUCCUCCAGGCUGCCCUGGGCGGGAAGCCUAAACCCGACCAAGUUUGGAGCCCGCCCAGGGCGGGGCUUACAUUCCCAUAGGGGCGGAGCCCGAGCUAGGGGGCACGGCGAGGCUGCUGGAGUUCGCGCGGAAGCCGCACACUGGUCCCAGCCGCGUCUCGGGAUUGCGCCCUACCCUAGGGGACCAGAGGUGAUGCCGGAAGAUGUCCCGAACUCCAGGGGCUUGGGGUCGCUCCAAGGGUAGUGCCUGAUCAAUGAGGGCGGGAUACACUCCAGGUCCUCGCGCCCGGCUCGUAGAAAGCCAGGUCGGCUGAGGGUGGAGCCUGUCUUAACGCGUCGUCCAGUGACGCGACCUGGAAUGUACCUGCCGGGGAGGCCUUGGCUAAUUGGCCCCGUCUUCUCCGGUGCCUCCACCUAGCUGGCCAAUCAGCCCGGGAGGGGCAGGUUCCCCCGGGCCGGCGCUCCGAUUUGCACUAAUGUUCCUCUACCCCCGGGUGGGGAAGUUCGUAUCCUGUCUUCUGUGCGCGUUCCCCCUGCCCCAAUCUUCAAAGCAAUUGAAAAGGUCUAUGCAAUAAAGGCAGUGGCUUCAUUCCUCUCA